AUGCCUGUCUUCGCAACAUCCAACCCAGAUUGGGCUCCCAGCGAGCCAUACAGUGCUCUGCAGAACGAACGCGGACUCUACAUCGGCCAACUGGUAUCAUGGGGUGCAUGGGGCGUACUUCUGGCGGUGGGCAUUCAAUGCGUUGCUGUUCUGUGGCGCAACGUCAGACGAGGCAAGGGGCGGCAUGUUUACCUGCUCGUCUACGUUAUCGUGAUCACGGCUUUGGCCACCGCGGGCGUCGCUAUGACUGCGAAAUGGCAGCAGACCUACCUUAUCGAUCAGCGCAAUUACCCCGGGGGUCCUUUGGCUUACUAUGUGAAGUUCGCCGUCAAUCCGCUAUCGGUUGCCGGUCGUUUUUGCGCGUUCAUCAUCAACUGGAUGGCCGAUGGCCUUUUGAUCUGGCGCCUCUAUGUCAUCUACCAAGGAGCAUUGCUGUUCGUUACCCUUCCGACUUUGACCUUCCUCGCCUCCUUUGCGAUGUCUAUCGUCGAGCUCGACGCAGUCACGCGACCUAACUCGUCCAUCUUCGCGUCAACUAGCGUCAACUUGGGCCUCAUUUAUUGGUCGCUCUCAAUUGCUGUCAACGUUCUUGUCACGCUCCUCAUCGUCGCACGCGUCUACUUCGCUCAGCGCGCCCUCUCUCGGGCCCUGGGAGUCGAGCGCUCAAGUCAUUCAGACAGGUUGUACACCAACGUGUCUGCUAUGCUCAUCGAGAGUGCGGCUCUGUACACUAUUCCGGCCAUUAUCUUCCUCGUGGGAUACUCGCUGCAGAUCACAUUGCAAUUCACCGUUGGGCCACUCGAGUGCAUUCAGGGCAUAGCUCCGUUACUCAUCAUCCUCCGAGUCGCGAACGGAACAGCAUACACUUCCGCGCCUAUCUCUGAGACUUCACGCUCCCAAUCUUUACCUGGGAUCCGUUUCAUGCGACAGAGCCACACGGAAGAUGAGCCCGAGUCGCCAAUGCAGAGCCUUUCGACGCCUGCUGUUCGCGUAUCGCUGGCCAAAGGGGACGGCGCAAAGCGAUCGGCUUCACGCUCAGAAGGCGAACUGACAUCGUGUCCCGCAAGUUCGUUCGAGACUCGCUAA